AUGGAAGCAACAAACAAAGCCAAGGCAGCAGAGAUUGGUGUCGAGUCUAAGAUCAUAUCUACUAAGAGACUAGGAGAAGGAACCAAAGAAGAGAUCAAGAAGCAAGCGGAGGCGAUGAGAGCUGCAGCUGAUGUCGCAUUCUAUUCGAAACAGAACGAUGCGGAGGAACUUAUGGCUAAUACAGAGGGAUUUGUAACCUAA